AUGGCGACGGACCUCGAGCGGACCGUUCUCGACUUCUACCAGAUCUCCAACCUCAAUCCCGUGCAAUGGCCUACCGAGAAGGACAACGACAGCGAUGUUUCCGACGACGACGAGGCAAAGAAGAAGGCCAACCGCCGCAAAUCCCGGUACCAAGCUCUGGAGCGGGCUGUAAGCAACCGAAGCAGCCUCAUUCCUGGCUCGGAGACCUCGGGGAGCGGGAUGGGCAACCUCGUGCAGAGGGAUGAGCCAGACCCCCUUGGCACUACCGACAGCGUAGUGCGAACAUUGAAACUCCUUGGUGUUCCUGUACAGGAGGAUCUCCGGCUGCGGAACCGCUUUCUCCUCUCAUCAACGACCUUUUCGCCGGCGCUCUUCCUGUCCCAGAUGCAUGCAAAUGCCGAUACUCAAUCACUAAUAAACGGACUGGAGGUACUCUCCAGGUCAAUUGACCAGAAGUCAGCGUCUCUCAAGGUGCUAGUGGAGUCCAACUUUGAGCGUUUCGUCCGCGCGAAGGCUACUAUCGACAAUGUGUACAAGGAGAUGAAAUAUCGCGGCGCCGAACCACCUGCUCCACGCCCCCGUGGCCAUUCCCGCCAAGUUAGUAGAAGCAGCAUUCGAGGAGGUAAUGUCGCGGGACCUCUUGCCGGUCCCCUUUUACCUGCAGCAGACCCUCGCAAGAAAAAUGCGCUGGUUAAAGAGAGCGAAUAUGGUGUUUUGGGUGUAAAAGCACCACUUCUUGAGGUGUCAGCAAAGGCAGAAGACGUUUGGGGACCUGCACUUGGGGGUAGGGAAAAGGAAGAGCACCUCAAGACAGUUGCUUCCUAUCUCGAUCAGUACAAAGAAUACGUCGAACUCAGCUCAGCCAUCGCGGACAGCAUUAAGCGUAAGGAUCACGAGAGCUUAGUUGAGGAAUACACAAAGGCCCGUAAGUUUGCCGACGAAGCAAAGCGUCUGGCCGAGGAGCUCAACUCCUCACAGCCGACCGAUGAGCAGCUAUAUCGCAUCAUUUUGGCAGCGCGAAUGUGGCAGGAUGUGGAUGAGCAGAUUCAAGCGUUAAAAAGAGACAUUUGGCGGAGGCUUAUUUCACCCCAGAUCAUGGUCGCAAGGACGGACGCAGCGGGCCAGCCACGGAGCGACCAGCACAUGGAGCUCAUUUCAUUGCUCCUAGAGUUGGGCGUGGAGGAUAACCCUAUUUGGGUUUGGCUCUUGAGUCGCUAUGACUAUCUCAAGAGCAAAAUCCAGUCGACCGGUGACAGGUCGAAAGUGGAAAUUGAGGUUCUGCGCCGCCGUUUGGCGAAUGCCGAAAAGCCAACUCCUCAAGCCAUGGCAUCUCAUAUGCUGGAGCUCUGGGAGAUGAAUGUGGCUUUUCUGAACAAUAUGCUCUCGCCACAAGGAUUCUUGGGCGAGGUCCUGGACUUCUGGCAGACUGUCCAAGGCUUCAUCGAUGGCAAGACGCAAAUGAACUUGCCAACAGGCUACCAGGGCGAGUCAGAAGCCCACCACCGCCUGUCCCAGCAAGGCGUGGCUCAACUCCAGAAAGGCAUCACCGAGCUUGUCAGCUUGAUUCGGGAGAGCGUUCUAGCCUUCUUUGCUGACCCUCCUCCCGAAGAUAUCUCGCUGCUGUACUCACCUAUGCCGCCUCAGUCUCCAGGAUCUCCGGGAAUUAGCUCCUCUGGCGGACUGCUGACACCACGAGAUCCUCGCUUCAACAUUGAUCCGAGUAACCCACCUCCCCCGUCGCCCAAGAGAGGCGAGGUGUGGGAGAAAUUUGCAUUUUGGCCCCCGUGGUCGAAUUCGAUCAGCGGAGCGCACUACCUUGCCACAAUGCUUUCUAUUGUCGGAACGGGGGCAGCUGACAUGGCUUCCGUCUCACCAGUUGGCAACGGAGACGCUGCCGAAAUUGAGCGCGUCAGAGCUCUAGUUGGUGUCGCGAGGGAGAGAUGUGUGACUGCCCUCUGUGCAGCCUGGAAUAGGGAUGCCGAAAACAUCAAGUAUGUCGAGGAUUGGAACCGGAGCCCUGAUAGCAACGACGUGACGAAAAUGCCGGCCAGUUUUGCCGCAUUUGAAGGUGCAUUGCUCACAGGGAUGCAGAAGAUCCUUUACAUCUCUGAGGCAAUGUCCAAGCCGGGUGCGGAAGAUAUUGUCCUCCCGCCGCCGACUAAACUGCUGCAGAUGGUUCGCAGUCAAUACGUCACAACCCUCUACAAGGCCCUGAGCGGCAUGGUCGAGAAUGCUGAGCGGUACCCCAAAAAGGCAGAAGAUGAAUGGACAGUUGAGGCCGAGACCUCCGUCCUCGUGCGCCCAAGUAAUCCCCGGGUGUCGGCUUCUACAAGCACAGGAGGCACUCUGGACGCGAGCGAUAGGAACGUUCGCAUGCUUCUCACUCUUAGCAACCUCCAAGCCCUACGCUCAAACGUUGUGCCGACACUAAACACCCAGUUCGAAAACGCUUUCUCAGUCAAGCUCACCGACGAAACCAAGACCAUCCGGGACGUCCUCGGCCAGAUUGACGCCCGCCUCUUCCAGUCCUAUACUCGACCCUCGAUCGAGGCUCUCAAACGUAUUAUCCAUGCCGGCAUUACCUCUCCCGACUGGGUGCCUCCACCAGGGGGUCCCAAGCCGCAUUCCGUCCGACCCUACGUGUAUGAAGCCCUCCUUACACUCGUUUUGGUGCAUACCCAAGUAUCUACGACCGCCCCAUCGCUCACGUCAGAGGUGCUCUCGUACCUCCUCGAGCAAGCAUCACGCGAGCUGCUUGAGGCGUUCAAAACGCGCCCUAAGUACCACCUGGAAGCGUUGAUGCAGGCGACGCUGGAUGUCGAGUUCGUGGCGCAGACACUCAGCCACUAUACAACGGAUCGCGCAUCGGAGCUGCAGAGCACCAUCUACCAGGAGCUUGAUGGACGCACUGACAACGACGCGCGCGCGCGGCUGCAAGCUGAGCUGCCCGAGAUGCGCGCUGUGCUCAAACGGCUGAGGGAGGCUAGCAAGAGCGAGUUUGCCUGCUUCAGGAAGCCAAAGAAGCCCACUGGUACUGAGGGAGGGGUUCAAGGGACGGCGGGUAAGAGCCAAUCAACCUAUUGA